GCUGCCAAGUUCUAAAACUAAAAUAAUACAACCCAGUAUAAUUUGCAAACAGUGUUGGAACUGGUAUAUUUUCUGACUGAAAACAUUAGGUGUUGGUACUGGAAGGAAAAGAGAGACAGUUUUAUAAAUAUUAAUAUUCCAAAUAGGGUCCCCCAAAUGGCUCAAAACUGUAGAAAUACUAACAUAGGGUUUUAAAAGCAACUAAUUUGCUUAAGCCAGUAGCAUCCCCCCCCCCAAAAAGGGGGGAUCAGAUAGACUAAAAUGCCCAUGUACAGAAUGUACUUUUACUGUCUUGAUGAAGGCUGGGAGGAAAACAUUGAGUCUCCCAAGCAAGGGCAUUCCUGCACUCAGGUGUAACACUGGUCGUCUUUGUAACUGGAAUAUAAACCGUGAUGGAAGUUACGGGAAAGUUGAUAACCACUAUUCACAAAGAUCUAAUCAAACAAUUAUAGCUAAACUGGCAAAUGUAUAGCUUGCUGCCUAAUUAUUCUGCUACUUCUGAAUUAUCCCAGGUCUGGCUAAAGCAGCAAAAAUGUCUUUAGUAAUUAUGCCCUUUAUGAUUCUUUGCUUGUUUCCAAUAUUCAAAUGACACAGAGUGUUCAUAAUCUACUAGAGCAUUGAGCAGUGCUAGGCUUUAACUUGCUAAUAAUUAUCCCCACAUUCCAGUAUUGUAAUCCUUUGUGGGCUGUUACCAAUGGCUUUUUUGUGGCACAGAACUGAAAAUCCCUAAACCUCAAUAAAUGUCAUUUAUCCCAACUGGGACCAAACCACCAUUGUGAAAGAUUAAAGCUUUCAGGAUUCCGGUAUAAAUGAUUUGGGGGAAUGAAAUGGCUGAUGAAGACCUCAAGAAGUGACCAGUCAGAGCUGGCCCUGCUAGGCAACUCAAUUGCAACACAACAGGCAACAUGACCGACAAACGAGUGAUGGCCACGCCCUUGGUUCUGUCUUUGUUUGGGGAUGGGAGAAGCAAGAGAAACCAAUGAAAUGGUCAAUGGAGCAGCAGACCAGAGGACAAGUUCCAAAGAGACAAGUCCAGUUCCUUCACCAACAACCGAUCGCAAAGCCAAGACUAGCCUCCAGGCUCAAACUGCUGCCACUCUCCCAGCCAAAACACAAGAAAUACCUUCUGCCCAGAUGGAGGGCUUCUUAAAUCGUAAGCAUGAAUGGGAAUCACACAGCAAGAAGGCCUCAAACAGAUCCUGGCAUAACGUUUACUGUGUUAUUAACAACCAAGAGAUGGGUUUUUACAAAGAUGCAAAGGCAGCUUCCUCAGGCAUUCCGUAUCACAGUGAGAUCCCUGUGAGUCUGAAAGAGGCGGUGUGUGAAGUGGCAGUAGAGUACAAGAAGAAGAAGCACGUAUUCAAGUUAAGGUUAACUGAUGGCAAUGAGUACCUUUUCCAAGCCAAAGAUGAGGAGGAAAUGAAUACAUGGAUCCAGGCCAUCACGUCUGCCAUCUCUUCAGACAAAAUUGAGUUGUCCACAAGCACACAGAGCACCCCAGCUACAAACCGGGCCCAGACCUUGCCAGCCAGUGUGACAGUAACCAGUGAGUCUAGUCCUGGCAAACGGGAGAAAGACAAAGAGAAGAGGUUCAGCCUUUUUGGAAAAAAGAAGUGAACUCCUUGCUUAUUUGUCCACACUGCACUUCUCUGAUUGUUCCAGUGGAAUUCCAGCAUGCAAGCUCAGAACCAAUACAUUACUCUCCGUGCCUAAUGUUCCUCAACAUGAUUUAAUUUUUUUUAUUUAUACAGCAUUUUUAAAAAAAACACACUCAAAAACUUCUAAAGUUAUAAAUAUCUGAGGUGCAUUGGGCAACUGCUGAGUAAGAGAGAACCACAUUUUCCUUUUGUUUUUCUUUUUUUAAGUGAAGUUAAUAUAGAUUAGGCCUUAGUACUUAAACUGUUCCUCAAUUUUUUGAGGCUGUCUUGAAAAAAUAACACCCCCACUAUGUGUUAUUGUUAUGCAAGGCAGCAGGGCUAAUAAAGUUCACAUGCCCCUUGGAGACAAUAUGCCGAUUUUAGUUUUCCCUUCCAUCUGAGACGGUUGCGCUGAGUCUUCACUACUUGAUUCUUCCCACUGCGAAUCUAAUGGUAGUGUAUUCUCUUUACCCUAAUAGAGUGCAGCUUGGCGUUAACUUACCAACCAAAACUAUUUGUAUACGGGCAUCUGGUUAUUAUUAACACGAUUGUGACGCUUCCUCACCCCACCCCACCCCACCCUGCAUCUGGCAAUGACAGUUAAGAAUGUUGAACCGGAAGGACUUCUCAUACUGAUAAUGGUUUUAAAUAAUCUGUAAUUUUGAUUUUUUUUUUUUUUUGCUGAAAUACAUUAUAUUGUACGUUUCAGAUAAUUCUAGUAAAAGUAUAAUAAGACUAGAUGUAUAAUAAAAAAAACCCUUUAAAAUCAUUGACUAAGUGUAAAAGUGGAAUUAAAGCAUUUACUGGAAAAAGUAAUGUUAUUCCAAUGGUUAACUUGCUUGUCAGCUGCUGCACUGUGUUAUAAUUUUGCUCCAUUACCUUUGCUCUUUGAUACAUAGUGUGCAUUUCUCUGUCACCUGUAACUAUUGUAAUGAACAAUUUUCAUCUUACUGCACAAUCAAAAAAAUUACAUUUAAUAGGAAUGAAUUCUCAAUGACUGGGCCUGUAGACAGGAUAGUACUGGAACUGGCUUUCGGUUAUAUGAAACUGUACCUCUAGACUUUUACCCUAUCUGUUAAAUAUAUGCUAUGUCAUUAAAUGCUUUUAAAACUAA